AUGUCCAGGCACGGGGUGAGGAUCCUGGACAGCCUCGCGUUUCGGCUGUCACGCCGCUGCCGCAGCGAUCCUCUGCUCGACCGCACUACCAGUUACCUGUUGGACUCGCUGCAAGUGGUCCAGCGCGGCAGCGACGUCGCUUUCGGCGCGGACGACAUGCUGCGCAUCUGCGGCUGCCGUGCGCUCGCAAACGAUUCCGAGACGUUUGAGCUUGUCAGGGACCUCCUGACGCUCGACACCUUCGAUGACCAGGCGCUCUACGCCCGGGUGCGCGGCCAGCCCUGGCGCACAGGCAUCUCCUGCCGGGCCUACACGUGGCUUCUUCGCUUCUGCCAGGGCGGUAAGCCUCGGGAUGUGCGAUGGGGGGCCAUCAGUUGGCUCCGGGACGUCGUCAUUCCGAGGCUACGUGGCGGGGCGAUUGACAGGUUGUAUAGGGUAGCGUCUGGGGAGCCGAAUGGAGAAAGGCGCAAUGAGCUCGUGGACCACGAGUUCUUCACUAUUUUCCAUGCGCGGAGUGUGGUUAGGACGCUCAUAUUGCGUGACAUGAGUGUGGCGACCUCCUCAGACAGUCGUGGGAAGAUCUUUGAACUUGCCCACUGUUGGGUCGUAUUAGACGGCGCAAAGGGGGGCCUCAGCAUGCUUUACCCUGGUUUGCCGACGACUACUGCCAUCAGAGAGGCGCACCAGAAGCUUAAGACGUACACCAACAAACGCCUGGCGAGUUAUCCAGUU